AUGCCAAACUUUAGCGUGUGUCUGCUCGAGGUGCAACUAGAACCUUUAAGUGCAGCUGUCCUCCGUGGAUCGAAGGCCAGUUUUAACUGCAGCACAACUCUGCCCCCGGUUGUCAUGACCUGGAGAGUUAAUGGACGCUUGGAACUUAUAAUUCAGGAAACAGGAGUGCUGAACAAUACAGAACGUUUUUCUGCCAGAAAUCUUACCACUCCUGGAAAUUACAAGUGGGAGUUUACAAUUAGCCCUGUACAGAGAGACGAUGCUGGGGAAGUCAGCUGUCAGGUUUUUGGUGGGACUACUAAUAUAGCAACACUGUCUGUGCAAGAACGUGGCAGUGUGGAGAUUAUAGGUGGAAAUCACACUGAAAAGGCAGGAGUUCAGAUUGAGUUUGAGUGUCGGGCCAUAGGCUGGUUUCCAAAGCCCAACAUGUCUUGGUCCAUAAAUGGGCUGUCAAUGGGAAACUGCAAUAGCAGCUCUAUAGCUCAGGGAAAUCUGUUUAACUCCAACUGCUCGCUGAAGCUCACAGUGGUCAAAAAUUCUUCUGUCCAGUGUUUUGUCUCAGUUCCUGCCCUGAAUUCAAUGGAAAGCAGCACUAUCUUUCUUACAGUCGAACGUGGCAGUGUGGAGAUUAUAGGUGGAAAUCGCACUGAAACGAAAGGAGUUCAGAUUGAGUUUGAGUGUCGGGCCAUAGGCUGGUUUCCAAAGCCCAACAUGUCUUGGUCCAUAAAUGGGCUGUCAAUGGGAAACUGCAAUAGCAGCUUUAUAGCUCAGGGAAAUCUGUUUAACUCCAACUGCUCGCUGAAGCUCACAGUGGUCAAAAAUUCUUCUGUCCAGUGUUUUGUCUCAGUUCCUGCCCUGAAUUCAAUGGAAAGCAGCACUGUCUUUCUUACAGUCGUUCAAGAGUCCAUAAGAGACCAGACAAUAUUAAUCGCAGUCACUGUCAGCUUCAGUGCUGCUGCUCUCCUGUUUCUUCUCAUUUUUGGAAUUUGUUUCUGCUGCAAGAGGAGGAAGAGAAAAAACAAAUCAACUUACAAAGAGGAGGUCAGGAGGGCACAAUUGGAGUCACAUAAUAGGAUGCCAGCAAAUGUGAGAGGAAGGGACAACCAUGGACAUAUUACAGAUGAACGUGAUGAUGUACGAGACACCGAUGGUGAAAUCUGGCACACAAACACUAACAAACAGCAGAUGCCAUAUGAAAUAAAUAACUCGAUUUACAUGAACUAUGAUCUGAGGAAGCACAGGCACGCAACCAUGGUUUAGAGACUAAAACUGAGGGGGGAACAUCAUGUGUUGGAAUUCACAGUCAGCAGAAAAUCUGGCUCUCUUCUGCUGUGCAUAAUAUUGUAUAAUUGUAAGUUUAAUUACAAAAGAGUGUCGAGGGACUACAAAACAUAUGUGCAAUGGCUAGAAAUACCAGCACACACUGUCAUCUUCAUCUGCAAGAUUAUUUAUUGGAUUGAUUGGACAUAUAUUAUAUUAUAGCCACACAGAAAAAUGUAUUGUAAAAUGUAUGAUUGUCUUUGCAUUAUAUAACAAAAUAUCAAACCAAGUGGCAUUUAUUUUAAAUAACUAUAGCACAAACACACUUAGCAUUUCACAAAAGAAAUUUGUUAGGUUUUAAAUAAAAAAACCUAGAUAAUGUUCAAAUUGGAGACAAAACAUACUGGUAUACUUAGUGGUUGUGAAACUUGGAAUAUAUAUUCAUAGUUAAAGUUACUAUUUAAACUUUGCUUGUAAUUACCCAGUCUUAAGUAUGAACUUGCAGGUAACAGACUUCAUACAUUCACUAACAGUGGCCAUGGCACCACUUGGUUGAGUAAUUGCAAAGAUGGUUCAUAAAAAAAAUAUAUAUCUAAAAUAUAAAAAGAAAUAUAUACAUGUAAGACCUAGCAUCAUUUGUUUGCAAGAGCACCAUUUUCUUGCUUUUCCAGAGCAAUAAGAUUCAUACAUUUUUAAGAUCGCUUUAAAGUGAUAGAAAAUUGAGAAAUGCAAAUUCUCUCAUCAUCUACUCACCGUCAUGCCAUCCCAGAUGUGUAUGAUUUUUUAUUUUCUUCUGCAGAACACAAAUGAACAUUUUUAGGAUAUUUCAACUCUGUAGGUCCAUACAAUGCAAGUGAAUGGGUGCCAAAAUUUGUAUGUUCCAAAGCACAAAAAGGUAUCAUAAAAGUAAUCCAUACAUUUCCAGUGUUUUAAUCCAUAUUUUCAGAAGUGAUAUGAUAGUUGUGGGUGAGAAACAGAUCAAUAUUUAAGUCCUGUCCCUGCCCAGUUGGGGGGCGGUAUGCAUCAAGAAUGUAAAUCUCCAAAAACACAAGAUGAAGAAUGUAAAAGUGAUCUGUUUCUCCCCCACACCUAUAAUAUCACUUCUGAAGACAUUGUUUUAACCACUGAGUCAUAUGGAUUGCUUUUAUGCUGACUUAUGUGAUUUUUGGAGCUUCAAAAUUGGGGCACCCAAUUCACUUGCAUUGUAAUGUAUGGACCAAAAGAGUUCAGCAUUUCCAAAUAGAUUUGAGGCCAAUAUGUAUUAUAUAUUAGGAUUUAUCUACUACCUUUGAUCAAGAUCUCAACAGUGGAGUUGUGUGAUAUAUACUGACUGUAUAUUUUUGUUACCAUUGCAUGUUUGAACCUUUAUCGGACUUUGGGGCUUUAAUAUACCAACAUGUCAGAUCUGCUUGGUCAAACUAAGGGCGGUGGAGGGCUUGAAGAUAUGCUGGAAGUCAUGCAUGUCCUCAUUUAGCUAAACAAACCCUUCGGUGUAGGGUCGUGGUCAAAUCACACCACAUCCUCAUUUACCAAUAUGACAGAUUUUGUGUUGAUUCACUGUACAUCCUUAUAUGGGCAUACUGCUUUCAUCUUGUAUUGUGACAGCAGGUUUGUUUGACAGGAACAACUUCCCAUUUACAACAGAAUGAAAAAAUCAUUAGCAUAUGGCAUAACAUCUCCCGUGAGAGUUUAGCUACCUGUUUUGUAGAUGCUCACAAAUUAACCACAGAUUAUUCAUGAGAAAGUUUUAGAGAGGACCAUCUUACUGUAUGUGACACAACAUGCUUCACGGAGCACAAUGCACUGAACAAAAUCUAAACCACUGAUCUUUAACUCCCCACAGGGUGAAAAUGGUUUAGACUGCAAAAUGACAUUAUUUAUAAAGUGAAGUGUUAUAAAAUUAGAGCACAUCUGUGUGCUGCUAGUUAAUCAGUCAAGCAAUCAAUCAUUUGGAGUAAAGUAAAGAGUAAAGAGUCUUUACUCAUCUGCACUUUUCCCCACAUUUAUACGGCACUGAAAUCUAUAAAUCUGACUUUUGAUCAUGAAUUAACCAAUAAUGGGUUAACCAGUUAUAACCAAGGUAUUCUGUAAUACAGGACAGUUUGAGUUCAGCUAGCUCCAUGUUGUCUUGUUUGUAUUUUUGAAAAACAUUUCCAAAGUGCAAUUUAUUAUGUGUACAUAUUUAUUUGUGACUAUAUUGAUUCAAAUGUAUUCAGCAAUAAAUAUAUUUUUGUUUUGUACUUGGUGUAAAUUAAUUUUCCUAAUUUGUAAAUCCAUGG